GGUUCUGGUCCUACCCAUCAAGGAAAAUGACGCCUGCAGCAUCACGAUCCGUGGCUCAGAAUAAAUGGGUUUCGAAGCUGAUGUGGAGAUGUGGGGAGAGCGUUUGGAGCGAGAGGGAGUACUGGAAUAUCAAGAACUUCACAGUCAAGAUGGAUCUUGGGAAGGUCCACAUACAGCUUGACAACCUAUUCAAUGGCGCCAAGGUGCUGGGUAAGAACAUAAACAAGUUCUUGAACGAGAACAUGAACCUGUUGGUACAGGACCUGAAACCGGGGAUCGAGUUGGCGUAGGCGGCUUCGCACAUGGACGUGGCGAGGCGGCUGUUCAGCAAGGUGCCCUAC